AUGGAUGAAGAUAUAAAACAUUCUGGAAUGCAUCAUCAUAAAGUAAAAUCUCUAUUAAAUUCUCAAACAAUGAAAUUAUUUAUUUGUUUUCUUGGAAUAUUUGUUGCUUAUCUUUUAUUUGGUAUUGUUCAAGAAUCAAUAGUAAAAGGAACAUAUGGACAACAUGAUAAAUUUACAUAUAUAUUAUCAUUAGUCUUUUUUCAAUGUAUUUUUAAUGCAAUUGUAUCGAAAGUCAUACUUAUUUUACGUAAAACUCAUCAAGAUGCAACACCAUCAAUAAUGUAUGCAUUUUCAUCAUUUACAUAUUUAUUUGCUAUGCUUGCAAGUAAUUUUGCUUUAGAAUUUGUUAGUUAUCCGAUGCAGGUUCUUGGAAAAUCAGUUAAACCUGUACCAGUUAUGCUUUUGGGUGUAUUAGUUGCAAGAAAACGAUAUCCAUUAACAAAAUAUUUUUAUGUUUUAUUAAUUGUUCUUGGUGUCGUUUUAUUUAUGUAUAAGAAACCAAAAGAAUCAAAAGUAGUAAAUACAGGUGAUUUAAUUGGUAUUGGAGAAUUUCUUUUGUUUGUUUCACUUGUAUUUGAUGGUCUAACAGGUGGUAUACAAGAUAAAAUUCGUGAUAAACAUAAAGUUCAAGCUUAUCAUAUGAUGUUUUCAAUGAAUAUUUGGUCAUGUUUAUGGGCAUCUAUUGGUAUAUUAAUUACAGGUGAAAUUUAUAGUUUAUAUAGUUUUCUUAAACUUUAUCCUAAUGUUAUCUUAAAUAUAUUUUUACUUGGUUUAACUGGUGCUAUUGGUCAAAAUUUUAUCUUUCUUACUAUUGAAUGGUUUGGCCCAUUGACAUGUUCAAUAUUUACAACAACACGAAAAUUUUUUACUAUACUUUGUUCAAUACUUAUCUUUGGUAAUCCAAUAACAAAACAACAAAUGUUUGGAACAGCAUUAGUUUUUCUUGGAUUAUUUUUAGAACAAUUAUAUGGAAAGAAAAAACAUAAAUAG